AUGCUGUGUCGCAAGCUCGCCCUUCGAUACAGCCUUCGCACCUGCUACCCACCAUCCCAUAUUCACCACCUCCACUCCCCCCCAUCCCACUUCGCCUCAAUGUCAACACCGGGAAAGAAGAUCUUCGCCCCUGGCGGCACAAACGACUCCCUCCAAGCCGAACAAUACACCAAGGGCUCCCUGACAAUUGACCAACUCGACAAGGACCCUUUCACACAGUUCGACAUUUGGUUCAAGCACGCCAACGCCGAAAAGGUGUAUCACCCCGAAACAGUUACGUUAUCAACAGCGGAACUGCCUUCCGGCAGAGUAUCUGCGAGAAUGGUUUAUCUCAAGGAAAUGGACGAUAAAGGUUUCGUCAUCUACUCGAAUUGGGGCACGAGCAGGAAAGCCUCCGAUGUGGCGAGCAAUCCCCACGCAGCGCUGACAUUCUGGUGGCGGGAGUUGGAGCGACAAGUGCGUGUUGAAGGGCCAUGCGAGCGCUUGACUUCGGAGGAAAGUCAGGUCUACUAUGAUACGAGGAUCAGAGGGAGUCGACUUGGGGCGUGGGCAAGUCAGCAGAGUAAGGUGUUGCAGGAUAGGGAAGAGUUGGAGGAGCAGGUGAAGGAUGUGGAGAGGAAGUUUGACGGGAAAGAAGAGAUUCCUGUUCCGGAGUUUUGGGGUGGACUGAGGGUGAGGCCGCAGAUGGUCGAAUUUUGGCAGGGACGGCCGAGUCGGUUGCAUGACCGGUUCAGGUAUACGAAAGGGGAGGAUGGGGAGUGGAGGGUUGACAGGCUGAGUCCGUGA